GAAGGGGUCAGGAAGGAGGGUGGUCGGGCUUCUUCGCACAUCCCAUAGUCCCAUACGCGUAUCACCGUACUGAAAAUGGCCGCCAGCUGUCACUCGCUUGUGAAGUGUGGCUUGUUGUGAAGGAAACACGACGCGGAUUCGUCACGGGACGGUUCUCUAAGCGCGCAGCACACCGCGGGGACGCGAUGCACUUUUGUGACGACACGCGGCUCGUUGGCUGAGAUCACACGGGAUCGUCGUGAGUGAGGGAAAAAGAGAGGGAACGAACGAGCGAGCGACAAAGUAGAGGAAAGAGAAAAAAAAAGAGCGGGGAACGAGAGAAAGUGUACGGCGCGACGACGGCCCCCCCGACGGUGUUGCUUCCACGAUUCCAUGAGAGCGCGACUAGCUCGGCUGUUUACAACUCCUGUUUCACGUGAAGUGCGCGGCUAGUCUGUUGCCUGCGCGAUCGCGGUAACGCCACCGUAACGCGACCGAGUUCAGAGUCGUCCACCGCAGCCGCCUCUUCCUCCUCCUCCACCUCCACCUCCUCCACCUCCUUCACUUCGAUCCGUUUGCGAAUCGGUCUCACAGUAGUCGCAGUCGCGGGGCUCUCCCGGUGCUCCUUGUCCCGCGAUAUACGGCCUUCCCUUGGGAGUUCUCUCGAUUCUUCACUUGUUUUACGCUCCUCAGGACAAUUAAGGAAGCAGAAUGGGUUCCAGCCAACAGUUCUCUCUUAGAUGGAACAAUUAUUUAAAACACAUUACUUGUGCUUUCGAAACAUUGAGAUCGGAUGAAGAUCUUGUGGAUGUUACUUUGAGCUGCGAAGGCAAAAAAAUCAGGGCACACAAAAUGCUCUUGUCAGCAUGUAGUACAUACUUUAGAGAUUUAUUUAAGGAAAAUCCGUGCCAGCAUCCCAUCAUAAUAUUCCGCAAUGUAAAAUUUGAUGACUUGGCUGCCUUGGUAGAUUUCAUGUAUCAAGGCGAAGUGAAUGUUAUUCAAGAGCAACUAGCGAGUUUUCUCACGACGGCAGAGCUCUUGGCAGUACAGGGUCUUACAGACGGCACAGGAAAGGAUGACGCUCUAGUAGAAGAUGACAUAGAAAUUCCCAACGAGCCUGAGGUUCAACUGCAGAAUGCUUCCGGUAAAUCCACGGGGGAUAACAAGAGGAACAAGUCCCCAUCGUCUCCGAUGCCAUACCAUGCCGUCGAAUUGCAACCCGAAGUACCGCCAAAUAAAAGGAGAAAAAUUCGAGAAAAUACGAAUGUGAAUACGGAGAAGAAUUCGGCAGGGAUCAACGCGAAGGAUUCUGAUGGGAAAACGGCGGAAAAUCAGACAGGACCGGGCUCCGAUCCAGUCGAAAUAAUUCCCCUCAUGCCGAACUUAAAGCUGGAGAUGCCGGAAUACCUGGAACAAGAUGGUAGCAGUUGUAGUUACGAAGAUCAGAGUAUAGGCGACAAUGCACUGAAUAAAAUUACUAUAGACGACACGUCGUCGACCACGCCUGAUCACGAACAGAAGGUCGACAUCAGUCAAACAUUUUACACGAGUCAAUCAGCAUCGGACGGUUUGGAUGGCAAACAUCAAUCAGAUGUUGGACAUCUACUAUCUAAACCAAGUACUUCAGGAGAGAGAGCAACACAAGAUGCGGUACAGGAAUCAGAGCACAAUUAUGGGAAGCAUCAACCACAACAACCACCGCUACAACAACAACUACCACCUGAGCCACCGCAGCAAAUGAGCCUCAUUCUCGACGGGGCCAGGCGCAGAACUAAGCUGCACUACGUCGUGGAAAGCGGUCGUUGGGUGUGCGACGUCUGCGGCCGAACCUACAAUCGUGGCGAUUCCCUAGCCCAUCAUCGCAGUAUACACAGGGGCGACACGAUCUGCCCGAUCUGUCAGACCGUCUUCACGCGAAAAUACACCAUGCGCUGUCACAUGGUGAAUGUGCACGGGGUCAAGUAAUAACGGCCGCGGAUGUUGCGGGAACGGUGGCAUGAAUAGAGAAACUCGAGGAACGGCACGUGAUCUUCGUACAGAAUUGGGCAGGAUAUUUUAGCGUUGGUCUAAUUUUUAACGUCAUUCGCGAAAAAUUAGAGCACCCAAAAAAAAUUUAGGACGCAUCCCCUGCAAGACGAUAAACCAUAUAGAACGUAUUUACAGGAUUGGGAACGUUAUUUCAUAAAAUAACGCAUUACCGUUACUGUUACUUUUUGUAAAAUGUACAAAAAGUCUCUCGGCAUCUGAAAUUCGCGAAUUUUAGAAUUUCUGUUUCGAAAGAUUCUGGGAAUCUUAAGAGCUCGUUUUAAGAUC